CGGGGGCUGCCGUCAGCGCUCGGGAAGCCCAUUCAUCUGUGCACUUGGGCGUUGGACUCCGCAUCUUAUUAGCAACCAGGGAGAUUUCUCCAUUUUCCCCUUGUCUACAGUGCGGCUACAAAUCUGGGAUUUUUUUAUUACUUCUUUUUUUUUUAAACUACACCUGGGCGCCUUUUUUUUUGUGCUCGACUUUCCCCCCUUUUCCCUCCCUCCUAUGCUGCUGCUUUUUGAUCUCUUCGACUAAAAUUUUUUAUCGGGAGUGUAUAUAAUCGGUUCUGUCUUCUCUUCUCUUCCACCACCCCCAUCCCCCCUCCCUCUGGUGUGUUGCUGCUGCUGCUGCUGCUGCUACUGCUGCUGCUGAUCGCCCAGUAUUUAUACCAACCCGAGGCUCUUUGUUUCCCCCCUUUUGGAUCUGUUGAGUUUCUUUGUUGAAUAAGCCAGCAUGGGUGCCCAGUUCUCUAAGACCGCUGCAAAAGGCGAAGCUGCUGCUGAGAAACCCGGGGAAGCAGCAGUAGCUGCAUCGCCUUCCAAGGCAAACGGACAGGAGAACGGCCACGUGAAGGUGAACGGCGACGCGUCUCCAGCGGGCGCCGAGCCGGGCGCCAAGGAGGAGCUGCAGGCCAACGGCAGCGCCCCGGCCGCAGACAAAGAGGAGUCGGCGGCCGGGGCAGGCGCUUCCCCGGCGGCAGGGGCCGACAAGGAGGAGGCGGCUGGGUCCCCCGAGGCCCCCGCGGCGGCCGGGAGCCCAAGCGAGAAGGAGGCCCCAGCGGCGGCGGCGGCGGCGGCGGGAGCCGGGGAGGGCGAGGGCGCAGAGCCCGCGUCGCCCACCGCGGCAGAAGGCGAAGCAGCAUCGGCGUCGUCGUCGUCGUCCCCCAAGGCGGAGGACGGGGCGACGCCUUCUCCCAGCAGCAAUGAGACCCCGAAAAAAAAAAAGAAGCGCUUUUCCUUCAAGAAGUCCUUCAAGUUGAGCGGCUUCUCUUUCAAGAAAAACAAGAAGGAGGCGGGCGAGGGCGGCGAGGCCGAGGGCGCGUCCGGGGGAGCUGCGAGCCCCGCCGCCGCCGCCGCCGCCGAGGGCGGGAAGGACGAGGCCGCGGGUGCGGGCCCAGCCGGCGCUCCGGGCUCCGCGGCCGCCCCCGAGGCUUCAGCGGCCGCGAGCGGGGAGGAGGCCGGCGGGCCGAGCGAUGAGGCCACGGCCGGGGAAGACGCAGGCAGCGGGGCCGGCGGCGACGCGUCCACGCAGGAGGCCAAGGCCGACGAGGCCGCGCCCGAGAAGGUGCCUGCGGGGGACGAGGUCAAGGGCGCCUCGUCCGAUGAGGCCACGAAGGCCGAGGAGAAGGCCGCCGCCGUCGAGGAGGCCCCUGCCGCGGCCUCGUCGGGCGCUGAGAGUCUCGCGGCCGCCGCCCCCGAGGCCGAGGCGGCCAAGGCCGAGGAGCAGCCCCCCGCAGCAGCAGCCACAGCCACAGCCUCGACAGCCUCCGCAGCCCCCACACAGGAGGCCCCGUCCGAGUCCAGUCCAGAAGCCCCCCCAGCCGAGGCGGCAGCAGAGUAAAAGGGCAAGAUUUUUUGAGAUAAUCGAAGAACUUUUCUCCCCCCUGUUUGUUUGUUGGAGUGGUGCCAGGUACUGGUUUUGGAGAACUUGUCUAUAACCA